CUGUAAGCGAGCUCCAGCAAGAAGUGGUCCUCUUAGGGCUGUGACCAUCGCCGUUGCUCGGUGGCUCUAUACCCUGAGCUGAGCGCUAGCGCAGCUCCAUCCCAUUUGUAACUGGGGCUGCCAGAGCCGGCCUAGCAAAGGCGGAGGAAAGAUGCGACCCGGCCGAGCGGCGAGAGCGCUGCUCGUGUCAGCAAGGAUGCCGGGGGCCGUGCGCCCUCGCGGCCCCGUCCCCUCCCCGCGGCGACUGCCGUCCCUCCUCCCCGCCGCCAGGUGCCCCCCGCCCGCCGCCGCCGCCGCUUCCUCUUCCCGGCGGCCCCACUCGACUCGGAGCGUCGGGUCCCGCAGCUCCGGGGCCGCAGGUCCAGCGUUGUGGGAUUGUGCUGACAUCACCGAAUUUUAGAGCUCCUGAUGCCUUUUGUCCUUCCAUCUCCAUGCCAGGAUGCUGCUCGCCCUGCCCCUGCGGGCAGCCUGCAGCCUGCUGGCCUGGCUUUCCCUCUACGCCUGGUUCUGCCGUCGCUACAAGCACCGGAGCUAUGAAUGGAGCUGCAGGCUGGUCACGCUGACCCACGGCAUCCUCGCCACGUGUCUCUCUGCUUACAUUGGCUUUAUCGACGGGCCCUGGCCUCUGAGUCACCCGGGAUCCCCAAACACGACCCUGCAGGUCCACGGGCUGUGCCUGAGCUUGGGCUACUUCCUCUUCGACCUCUGCUGGUGCGUGUACUUCCAGACGGAGGGUGCCCUGAUGCUGGCCCACCACCUGGUGAGCAUCGUGGGCAUCGCCGCAUCGCUGGCACUCGGCGAAUCGGCCGCCGAGGUCAACGCCGUCAUCUUCGGCAGCGAGAUCACCAACCCGCUGCUGCAAGCUCGCUGGUUCCUCAAGGAGAUGGGCUGCUACCACAGCCUCACCGGGGACGUGGUGGACUUCUUCUUCGUGGUGCUCUUCACUGGGGUGCGGAUCGGGGUGGGGGCCUGGCUGAUGUACUGCGAGCUGGCCUCGCCCAAGCCCCGCUGGUACAUCAAGCUGGGAGGUGUCAUCAUGUACGCUGUCUCCUGGGUCUUCAUGGUCAGCAUCUGCCGCUUCGCCCGGAGGAAGAGCAUGAAGAAGUACCACGCGUGGAGAAGCCAGAGGGGCGAGGAGCUGUGCUUGAGAACGAACGGACAUCUGAAAAGCCACUGAUGCUGAGUAAGGACUUCCUCGAGCUCGCGGGCUGGCAAGGAGGGGAUCGUGCCUGAGAUGCCGCUGUCGGGACAGGAGCCAGCACACGUUAGCAGUUCUGGAGCCAAACUUAUUCCUGGCAUAACUCCAUUGAAAUCCGUGGAGCUAUGCCAUGGGUUCAUGGCAUCUGCAGCGCUUGGCCUGGCAGAGGCUGGCUCAGCAUGUACGUGAGCACACCCUAAAUGAUACGAGUGAAAGAAGGGCUAAUGUUACCUCCUAAACACAACUGAUCCAGCAGCGCAGGUUUACAUAGCAGUGCUGGCAGCUUACUCCUUCAGCGCUGGUGUGAUCUUGGAAGAGAUGGGAAAGUAGCACUAGACAUUGGUGUUCCAUGUUCUGUACAGUCUAGACAGCUAGACGACUCUCUGUCCUGCUAGGAAGAAGCAUGUUGUAGUGUUUUGUUGAGCUGGGGUUCCUGGCUCAUCCUCCAACCUGCAGGGUGACCUUGGGCACGUCACUGAACUUCCUGACGCCGUGCCUCGUUUCCCCAGCUGUGGACUGGGGGUGGUGGAGCUGGUCCAUCUGUUGUGCACUUUCAGACCUUUCCUCGAGAGGUGCUAUAGAAACACAAAACGAUGGCUAUCUUCACUUUGUUCAUUAUCCCUGUGUUUCCUUUGGGAGAAGUGAUUUUGGUGGUUGAGCUAGGAUGCAACUGUAGAAAGAACAGCGUUUUUUUCCAUGUAGUUUCCUACCCUUUCUAAUUCCAUCCUGUAACUUAUCCAUAUGUUAUCAAAUAACUUAUUUUCCAGUAGUGUCAGCUGCUCUGCUCAGUGCAGGCACCUUGCAGGACUCGGUGCUGUGAACCCAAGAGGUGCCACCCCCAAUCUGAAGCACUCUGGGGACUUAUUCCCUCCUCGUCACCCCGACUGUUAAAGCUCCACCCAUGCAUUCCAAAUCCUGCAUUUAGCAUCCUGGGUGAGCAGCAUUCUCCGUUAGGAGGAGCCCCAUCAGGCCUUGCAGUAAGUGGUUUUCUGGAUGGACCUCUCGCAGGGGCACUGCUCUGUCUGCAGAAUGGCAGCUUCUCUUUGCUGUGUGUAUUGGUCGUUCCAGAUUCAGGUCAGCGUUUCUGAACCCAGAGGCUGCUGUGGCACUUAAAGUUAGUGGAGGACUGUAGGUGCUGGAAAGAUGACAGGAAAAUACGGCUCCCUUAGGGUGGGCAUUGAUGUUUCUCCCCAAGAACAUAGAUAUCAGGUUUGACAAGAGCAUUUCCUGGGAUCUGUGGUCAGAGAUUGUCCAGAAUACAUCUCCAAAACAUGCUGGUUAGGGUGCAAGUGCUUACCCAGCUCCAAAUCUGUCCUCUGCCUCCUUCAAGCCAGAGACCUCAUUUUGGCUCUCCUUCAUCUGAAUUGAUGCUCUGACCCCUGGGCUUUCAGUUCACUUCUAGGAUCUAGGCCACUUUAUAAAAGUGAACAUUUACAGGGUAAGAGAAGCUUCAUUUAUAGCCCUAUAAACAAAGAAAUGCAAGGCACAGAAUCCAGCUUUUUUAAGCAGAGAAGUGUGCUUGUCUGGGAGAAGAGCUGUGAGUUACCUGGUCCCAUUUGCAGGGAAAAGCCCUGCCCCUCCACUUCUUUGGCAGCUGCUGGUGUUUAUUUCCUUGCAGCCAAGGACCUGAAGAGCUAAAGGGCUUCAGAUGUGCAGAGCUGGUGGGUGGGCAGCUCUGUGAGCACAGCAGCAAUCCCACUGCCUCAAAGGGAGACGGGAAGGGCUGGGGGAGGCGUGCUGCUUCAACACAGUUAGGAAUGGCCCUGGGAGGUAGAGCUAGCAGCAGUGUUACGAAGCAAGGCUUCUUGUCUGCCUGUUGGGCUCCAGCGUGGAAUCCCAGACCCAAGGAAGAAGUACCAGGCUGUGGAGCACACGGUGGGACCUGUCCUCAGGCCAGUCUGCAAGUUGUAAAAGGGAGCUGCGGAACUAGCGUGAAAUAAUAACUUGUGUUCGAAUUACUGUGUAAUAGCAACUCAUGUUCCACCAGUGAAUGGUGUAGACGCUUUGUAUGAUGUUUUAUAAAAUAAAGAUUAUUUAAUUAUU